AUGAAGAAACUUUUGUUUGUUGUUUGGUAGUUUUCAUGGCAAGAAAGUUUCAAAAAUCUAACCUCGAUCCCCUUCUUUUCACCUCUGACCAGCAGCCGAUGACCGACCACCUGGAUGGCUUAUCAUCCCCCAGCUACUAUGAGUACGAUUACCUGUUUGACGAUGACCCACUCCUCUCGGCCGAUAAGAUGGUUUCGGGCGAGGCUUCGGACCCCACUCUACCUCACAUCGCUUCUGAGCAUAGCUACUCCAUGAUGAGUGAACCCAACUCGCCCAUGAUGAAGGACAUCAAGCAAGAAGAUGAUUUGGACAGCAACUACGAUCCCGAAGGCCUCCAAGACAUGCUACCCGUUUCCCCAGAGACCGAUGACCACCACAUCUCCCUCAUCUCGUCAGACCAGCACAACAACACCACCACCACCACCACGGCCGGCGGCUUGACCACCGGCUAUCUACUCAUGGACAAGUUGACCGGCGCCAAAUCCAUCCUGACCACUGCCAAUCGAACAUCGCUGACCCGGAACGGAGAACUGAAACCGACCACCACCACCUUGCAACAGAAACAGGACGGAUCCAAGAUCAAGCUGGAACUGGUGACGAUGAUGAACGUGGAUAAUGGACUGGGCUCGAAACAUCAGAUGCCACCGACACCACCCGGUAGUACUGCCAGCUAUAGCGACAGCGACGGGAGCGAGAGUCCUGGGAGAUCCACCCCCUCCUCGCCCCGUGCCGUACCCAUCCAACCUGCCAAAAGACCCAUCUGCCACACCCGAACUGUCUCUCCUCAGCUCUUCACCAACAUCCAGAAACUGCCCCAAUCUGGUCCUCUGCAUCUGACAGAAGAAGAGAGACGCACGCUGAGGCAGGAAGGUUACCCCAUCCCGACCAAGCUCCCUCUGACCAAGGCUGAAGAGAAAUCACUCAAGAAAGUCCGCAGGAAGAUCAAGAACAAGAUAUCGGCUCAGGAAAGCAGACGGAAGAAGAAGGAAUACUUGGAGGCUCUUGAGAAAAGAAUGGACUCUUAUACCAGCGAGAACACGGAACUGAAACGGAAAGUCGAGAACCUUGAGAACACCAAUCAGUCGCUGAGCUCCCAGCUCUCCAAGCUACAGUCUAUCGUCAACAAGAUCUCCAAACCAAUCAAAGCUCACACAACUCAGACCGGUACUUGCCUCAUGGUUUUAGUUUUAUGUUUUGCUGUCUUCCUUGGUUCCUGGACACCACAUUCUUUCUUGAGCAGCAACCAACAUCUCCCCAAGCUCUUCUCAUCCUCCUCAUCGCCCAACAACGACAUGCCACACCCCUUCUUCGGUCCCUAUGGUAACAACAUUCAGUACUCCGCCCCCAGUUUCCAUGGCGACGAUGACAGCGAGGACCAGCCCGACCCCAUUUUCAGGAUGUACGGUCCCAAACCAGCUUCCGGUUCGGAGGACGAUGACCCCUAUACGACCCACUCCAUGCGUUCUUCUCGCACCCUGCUCUCCUACCAAGAUGAGGAAGACGCCUUCGCCGGCAUCGAUCCUCAUUACCAUGACGACAGCCACGCCCUUCUGGACAACAUCGCCCCAGAGGCCCCUAGCUUUGCCAAGAUGGCCGCCGCCCUGAUGACUGGGUUGGGGUCAGAUGUUGCGGGCGUGGAAAGCGAGGAGACCGGCUACGAGGCGUAUAUGAUGCACCCCGACAUGGAAGCUAAGAUCAUCCCAGUCGAUACAAUGGCCCUUAUCAAUCGCUCCUCCAACAAGUGAAUCUACAUCCUUAAUAUCUUUCAUAAAAGAACCUUCUCCUUCUCUAUCUAGUCCAUGUGUGGACAGAAUAUCCAAGUCUUUUUAUCUUUUCAAACAUAGUGAAUAAACAUAUGAACGUAUAGAGAGAUGGGGUAUUAGAAAGGCUGUUUUUCGCCAUUUUUGUUGGAGAGAGGUUGCUUAAUAUGGAGAUAGCGCUUUUAAUGAUGUUUGGCUAAGAUCAACCAGAUCAUGUAUCAUCGAGAGUAAAAGUUAUUUGCUCACCCAUUUGUUGAGCCCUUUGAAUUAGAAAUUUAGAUCCCAUCAUUUCUUGCUGGCUUUUCAAAGCAUCCUUGUUUUAAAGGGGUAAAAUGCUUUUGAAAUGUCAUCCAAUUAAAGCCAUUUCCACAACUCGUAACAACUUUAGCUGCUAAGCUCUCGCUACAAGUUUGUUUUGCCAUAAAAUAAAAUCAAUGCAAUGAACUUACUUUAAAGACCGAAUACUCCUUACGAGUUCAAAGUUUGUCGCCAUUGUCCAUUGUCUAGACAUAUUUGUGAGAAUAACUUGGGGGUGUGUUGUGUGCUGUAAAGUUUCUUUCGCGGUUCAAAUCUGUGAUUUGAGCUUGCGAAUGGAAAGCAGAAACAUCUCGUCAAGACUUGGUGGGCGUGGUUCUCCAAGAUGUGGUUCAUGCCGUGACGGGUAUUGAACCAUGAACCUGCGCCGCGCCGCGUGUUGAUGGGGGUGUCCUGUUAAAAGGAUGGAGAUAUCAUUGUUUCUAGAUAAAACCUCUCGUUUGUUGUUUUUUAAGUAAGAUCAUGUAUUAAACGGCUAGAAAGAGGUAGAUAAUAUCCUAUUGAGCUUCCAGACCCAUUUAUCUUUUUAAUAUUUAAAGCUAGAAGAUGAUGAGAAAGAGGAGAUUUAUUCAUGGAAAUGAAUCUAAAAGAUCUCAUAGAAGCCAUGUCUCUAUUCUAAGAUCAGAAUGUUUUUUUGUUGUAUUUGUCCAAGGAAGAUAGUAAGAGAUCAAAGAAAUCGGGUAUGAAAAAAAAGUAAAACUUGUGCCUUGCCUGUUAUAUAUAAACAUGUAGUUAAGAUGAUUAUUGGAAUCUACAUAUUAUCAGUAUGUAGGUUACGUGUAGAUUUGUGGAAUCUACAUGAAAAUGAAUUAUGUAUUAUUAAUUAGAAUCAUUGGCCAUUGAAGUGAAAAAUAACAGAAUAAAUUCACGGUCAACAAGUAUUAUUGAUUAUUUGUUUCAAAUUACACAGGUAUGUAAAUGUAUUGUGAAAUACUUAAGGAUCACGGCGUAUAAGUAACAAAAAGAUGAUUCUUUUAGGGGUGUUUUUGUUUAUUUUGAAGCACAGAAUAUUGGGGUUUGUUAGAUUACAAAUUCAUUCAAAUUUUGAUAGACAUGUAGAAUAACAGUAUGAAGAUACGUACUUAGACAUGAACCUUUGAACUGCAAGUACCCAUCUUAUUCUGGUGUUCUUGUUUAUUUUUUUUCUUCAGAUUUAUUGAAAGGUUUUUUUAAUUUAUGUUGGAAAUGUUACAUGCUAGGGGGAUAUGAAUGAUAAAAUGCGUCUUGAUUUUCAUGCCUUUUUCUUCUUGUGUACUUGGGACCACUACAAAGAAGACUGUUGUAUCAUGUAGAUGUACAUGUUUAUUUAUUUUACUAUUCUCUUGUCUGUUAUUUUUUAGGAGAAUUCAGGGUUUUUCUCAUAUAGCCUCAUGAGAAAGAAUUUAUUGUCAUUUUUUAUCAUUUUUUUUAAUGAAUUGAUUUAGGAAUCAAUUUUUUUGCCUCUUGUUUAAAAAAGAGGAAUGUCCUCUUUUUAUCUUUUUUUGUUCCAAACAUGUGCUGAAUGUGUUAUAAAGAUGUUUGUGCCAGGGAGUAUAACAAAUUUAAUGAAUUGUUAUGAAAAUUUGUAUAAAUAUUAAAAAUCAUGUGAAAAUGUCUUGAUUUAUGAAUACGAGGGAAGUCCUUAUAUGUAAGAUUGCCAAAAAACAGUAAACUGCCUAUUUUGUCUCGUAAUUAAGAAAAGAUAAAUCUUUGUGUGUCCCUGUGUUGCCCUAGUGAUAGGGUGGGUAGUCCUUAGGCAAAGUUUUAUUAUUUCAGAAAAUGUUUUCCUUAAUGUAAGUAAAAAGGCAUGUGCAGGCACUGAGGCCUUAUUUCUAAAUUAUUUUUGUUCGAACAAAAACAUUUUUUGAUGACUCGCAUAUUCCAUCCCCGGUGUGAGUUUUUAAAUAUUUUGAUAUUUAUAAUCAUGAUCCAUUAAAUUGAAAGUAUCAUUUAUUCAGUAUGUAGUACCCCUGAACAAAAAAACUAUUUAUUUUCCAGUACAAAUAUUUUCCCCCUUUAAGUUCCCAUGAUGGUUGGAAUUUAUUUGUUUUUUCGUUUUUGUUUUCAAAAGUCUAUUUAGAGAGCUGAAUUUAGAAAAACCUACUUUUUUCAAUUUUAUUAAGGUUUUAUUGAACUUUAAAUCAAAAGAGAAUGAAUUUCAGGAUGAAUUGAUUAUAGUAUCUCUUUCUUAAAAUUAUGUGCAGUAUUACUUUUAAUUUUUGGAAGAUAAAGUGCCUUAUUGUGUCUUGUUCAAGUGGAAAGUUUUAAGCCUGUGAAACAGAAACAAUUUUGCCUUUUAGUUUCUCUCCUUUUUCCCCUCAUUUUUCCCUCAUUUUUCCUCCCUCUCUUCUUUCUUUCCUAAUUUCCUUUUCCUAGAACUCUUGCUCAAAUCUUUCUCAAUUUCUGAUAACUUCUGUAGAUAAUUGUACAUAAAAAUCAUAUAUGAAUAUUUCAUUUCGAAUUAUGUUCGGUUCUAGCUAAAGACAAUUUUUCAGCGGCAUUGAGCGAACAAAUUAUUUGUUUAUUUCUGAGCUUUGUUUCUCAAAGUUGUACAUACAUCUCUUAAUUAAUAAAUCCUCAUUACUAAAGCCUUGAAGGUAUCGUUUCACUUGUAAAUUCUCCUUUUUUUUCUCGUGAUAUACUUAUAUCACAAUUAUGAAUGUCUCAUUUUCAGACUGUACUAAUAUAUGUUGCAUAUUAUCAUUGUAGUUUUCUUUGAAGGCUUACACACGGAUUGUAUACCUUUAGGAAUAAGGCGAAAAACAGAAUCAUUUGCUGAAAAGGCUUCCAGAUAUUUCCUCUUUGUUCAAAAGUAUAUUUUUUAAACUUUUGCCCAAUAUAAAUUACUACAAAAAAUCUACAAAAUGAGAUAUUGUACUGUGGGAUUACAUUGCAUUAAAUUGUAAAUAAAAUGUAUUUUCCAUCAGUAUAAAAAAA